AUGGGGGUUUCUUCCCACCCUCCCAUUUCCGCGUACCGACUGAUCUCCCCCUCUGACCGAAAAACAGCCUGGUCGCGUAGAUGCUCAUCACAGUGGACGUCCAACCCGAGAGUCUUCCCAGUCUUUGACCUCGGGCUACUGGAUUCAUCUAUCAAGAUUGAGGAAGAGCUUGCUGUGGGAUAUGAGCCUAACGAGACAUACACGUAUCCCGCCGAAGAGGAAGAAGCCCUGAACGACAGGUACCGAAUUAUGCACAAAAUCGGAUAUGGGCCCACGGCGACUGUUUGGUAUGCCGUUGAUCUACUACAGCCCAGAAUGGUGGUUUUGAAGAUCUAUGUUGUGGACCAUAUGCUCAAGACUUAUGGGCGGGUCCAUCCACCAAAAGUAUACCAGCAAAGCGAAUGCCCUCUUCACGAGGUUAGCGAUCGUUUUACUAUCAAGGGUCCUCGUGGUUCUCAUAUUUGUGUUGUUCACGAGGCACCCUCACUAGACACAGAACAGAUGCAUGCGGGAGACAAGAUGGAUCUCGAGUCGGUGAGGUCUACAAUGAAACAAAUGCUGAUCAUGAUGGAUUUCCUACACACUGAUUGUUAUUUAACUGCCCGUAUCUUCCCUUACAACCUCAGUGUCUUUGAAUGA